GUCGUAUCAAUUUAUUGUUGAAAAGCUCAAAAUUUCAAAGAAGCUGCUGUGUAUUGCAGGCUAAUUUCGAACUUUGUGUGUGUUUAAGAUCUUGAGGAGCAUGAGCUUUGUUUUGAAUGGCUUAAAGGCUUCCCAUAUUUUCGAGUCUGCACAUAUCUUCAAAUUAUGCAGUGUAGCUUCUUGUUCAACGCCUUUACAAGUCUCUUCGCCUGUUUGUCGGUCCUCGCUUUCGCACAGGAACUUUUCCUCUCCGCCAAAUGCAAAUUCUAACAUCCCCUCGAAAGAAACUCUUCUUAGAGUAGACUGGCUUCUCGAACAUGUGACCCCAGGUAUUCUCAAGACUAGGCUGAAACCAUUUUUUGACAUCUGCCUCGACGACGUAUCCUUUGAGGAUAAACUUUACAAUUACAAAUUAUCUCGGAAAUCACAGCUGCUUACCCACAUCGCCAAAAUACGACUUUAUUACCGGUAUCGCUCCCCAUUCAACAAGGUUGAGAGAAUUGGCUCCUGUAUAUAUGAGAACGAAGACGUCAUUGUUUUGUUAUGGAGGUUGAGUACCUUGGAGUCCAGUUUCUGGGCGUACUUCCCUUCCUUCUUAACCCACAAAGAGCCUAAGCUUGUUACGGCUGAGGGAGCAUUAGAUAUACAUGUGAAUCGUGACGGAUUUAUUUACAAAAUUGUCAAUAGGAAGAUAACCGCGUCUGACCGUGAAGGUGCUAAAGUUAUGGAAGCGAUAAAGGCGGAACAAGAUGCAAUCAGGGCAAAGGCUGAAGAGAAGGCUUUACGUCGUGAGGCAGAGCAGUUAGUCGAGCAAGGGAAACAAUGA